AUGGAGGAUAUUCGAUCAGUAAAGAGUUUGAUGACACAAAAAGCAUUUAUGGGUUCAUUAGAUUUAAAGGAUGCUUAUCACGUAGUUCCUGUACACAAAGAUCAUAGAAAAUUUCUCCGUUUCAAAUUUCUUGAUAAGCUAUACCAAUUCACUUGCCUCCCCUUUGGGCUUUCUACCAGUCCGUAUGUAUUUACAAAGUUGAUGAAACCAGUCAUGAACCAUCUAAGACUACGGGGAAUAGUGACAGUAAUAUAUCUAGACGAUAUACUUUUUAUACACAAAUCCAAGAAAAUCUGUCAGAGUAAUAUUAAUUAUGCUAAAGAAUUAAUGGAACAUCUAGGUUUUAUUAUAAAUUAUCAGAAAAGUUCCCUAAUACCUAGUCAAGAAUGUACUUAUUUGGGUUUUAAAAUUAAUUCAAAUACCUUUUGUUUAGAAUUAACAGAUAAAAAGAAAAUUAAAAUUGUAGAAUUGAUAAACCAAGUUUACGAAGGAAAACGGUACAGAAUUCGAGACAUAGCAAAAUUAUUAGGUACUUUGACGGCAGCUUGCCCGGCAAUGGCAUACAGUAAAGUAUAUGUUAAGAGAUUGGAAAGGGAAAAGUUUUUAGCAUUAAUACUUAAUAAUAACGAUUUUGAAGGAAAAAUGCAUAUAACGAAAGCGGCAAUAGAAGAAUUACAGUGGUGGAAACGAGUUGUACCAUUAGGUUAUAAUCCAAUUAGAGUUCAAAAAUUUAAUAUGGAAAUAUAUUCGGAUUCCUCAACGACUGGUUGGGGCGCUUAUUGUAACAAUGUUAGAAUCAGCGGGUUUUGGAGUAAAAAAGAAAGAAAGUGCCAUAUAAAUUAUUUAGAACUCAAGGCAGCCUUUUUUGCGCUACAAAGCUUUGCAUCCGAAUUGGUUUCGUGCGAAAUUCUGUUACGAUUGGACAAUACAACUGCAAUAGCGUAUGUCAAUAAAGCGGGAGGAAUCAAAUUUCCUCACCUCAGCGAACUAGCCCGGAAAAUAUGGCAAUGGUGCGAAAAGAGAAAGAUUUGGAUCACGGCAUCUUACAUUCCGUCUAGUGAGAAUAUAGAGGCAGACGCGGCGUCGCGUAUUACUAAUAUUGAUACCGAAUGGGAGCUAUCGGAUGAAAUCUUUAAAAAAAUUGAAAGAAGCUUCGGACCAUUUGAUAUAGAUCUUUUCGCAUCAAGGUUAAAUAAAAAAUGCAAGAAAUUCUGCUCCAGAUUUCCGGAUCCGGACGCGACGUUUGUAGACGCGUUUACAAUAUCAUGGGAAAACAAAGAAUUUUAUGCAUUCCCCCCCUUUUCUCUAAUUUUGCAAACAUUAAGAAAGUUUAUUUUAGACAAAGCGGAAGGCACAAUUGUAGUGCCUUUAUGGAUCAGUCAACCUUGGUUUCCAUUAUUUAAAUCAUUAUUAGCAUCGGAACCUCUUAUAUUUCCUCCAAGUAAGAAGCUUCUAUUAUCUCCUUGUAGGCAAAGGACGCAUCCAUUGGCAACGAAACUGUCAUUAAUGGCAGGGCAGUUAUCAGGAAAGCUGCAAAAAGGAGUCACAGAAGACUCAGUGGACAUCAUGGUAAACUCUAUAACACCUUCAACCCUCAAGCAAUACGAAAGCGCCUUAAAACUAUGGAUGAAAUUUGCAGUAGAACACCAAUUCGAUGCGUUUAACUCAACAACUACGUCUAUUUUAAUGUUUCUAACUCAAAGGUUUAAAGAAGGCGCAGGUUACAGCACCUUAAAUACCACCAGGUCGGCGAUUGCUCUUAUUUCAUUAUACAAUAUUUCGCAAGAUGGACUUAUUGCACGGUUUCUAAAAGGUAUUUAUAAGAAAAGCCCAGUGAGACCUAAGUAUGCUUCAACAUGGGAUAUUACAGUGUUGACAUAUAUUGAAGAGCUCCCGCCUCUAAAUCAAUUAAGUUUUAAGGAAAUAGCAGAAAAGAUAGCAACGUUAUUAGCAUUGACGACUGCACAUCGGCUGCAAACAUUAGUGCUGAUUCGUGUUGAAAAUAUUCAUGUCUCAACGGAAGGACUAACUAUAAAAAUACCAGAUUUAAUUAAAACAUCUAAGCCAGGAAAGUUUCAGCCAGAACUUUAUUUGCCGUAUUUUAAAGAAAAGCCAAAGUUAUGUACAGCAUCAGCUAUAUUAGAAUAUUUAGAAUAUACCAAAAAAUUUAGGGAUAACAAUAAUACAAGAUUAUUAAUAGCUACUGUAAAGCCAUAUGGUGCGGUAAGUGCACAAACUAUUGGGCACUGGAUUAAAGCUUUGCUAAACAAAGCCGGUAUAGAUACAAAGCAGUUUUCUGCGUACAGCACACGGCAUGCGGCCGUAUCUACUGCGUUCCGAAAAGGUGUAGACGUAACUACAAUAAGACGCACGGCAGGUUGGUCUGCUCAGUCACAAACAUUCUUUAAGUUUUAUAAUAAGCCGUUACAGACUUCGAACGAUGAGUUUAUUCGGGCAAUUUUAGGAUAA